AUGGCACCAACAACUAAACCCAAAGUUCGCAAGCGCAAGCCACGCUUGAGAAAGAAGAACCGUGGUGUCCGCACUCGCGAAGGCCAUGCACGUCCGAUAGAUGCAGGCUCGUCAGUCCAACCGCUCGCCGAAGUACUCAACGAGACGAAGCGUCGCAAACCCAAGAAAACAUGGGCAGGGCUCAUUCCUAACAUUGUUGAGCAAGUACCUAUGCCAGAUGGCUACAUUCUAGUCCCCAAGGGCGAUGUUUACAUCACUCGACACUGCCGCAGUAAGACCAAAGAGUCCGAGCGAAUUGUCUAUGUCGUCUACAACCGCACGGGCAAAAGAACCCUGGGAAUCCGAGUACCGGAAGAAAUCCACACAGAAGUUCUCAAAUCAGCCGCCGCAACCAAAGAGUCACGCGCAAAUGCUGUGCAAGUACGCGAUGCCAAGGAUCUGUCCAAAUCGCGAGAACUCCUAAAGUCCGAAUUCCCGCUUAUGCCCAAGGAAACCCUCAAAAUCGUCCUAGAGCACGCCUUCCUCAAGGGAUCAGGGCGUGUAGGGCGGACGGCGAUGAUCAGCGAUGAGAAGAAGACACUCUUGGCUGUUGAGGCGCAUAUUCGCCAUGUUCAUACGCCUUAUGAGAAGUUGCUCGACGAGGGCGUCAGUCGGAAGGAUGCUCGUGAGCAGGUCUGGCCUACUGUCCAGGCCGUUGAACGGGCUUGGCAGGGAUGCGAGAAGAGGGAGACUACAUUGACGUUGCGUCCAGCGGAUGAUUGA